GGGGUGCCAAUCUCCAGACGGCAGCUGGAGACUGAAUCCUUGAAUUACAAUUGAUCUCAAGGCCACAGAGAUCAGUUCCCCUGGAGAAAGUGGCUGCUUUGGAGGGGUGGGGACUGUAUGGCAUUAUCCCCAACUGAGAGCCCUCUCCUCCCUAAACUAUAUCCUCUCCAGGUUCCACCCUUCAAAUCUCCAGGAAUUUUCCAACUUGGAGCUGGCAACCCUACUUGUCGACUGUAGGAGGGAAUGGCCUCGUUCCUUUUGCCAGCCCUUCAGGCUUAUCAAAUUGCAUGGCUGCUAGCUGUGAUGGCUAAAGCGACCCUCCACACCCAGAGGCAAUAAACUCUGGCUACCAAUGCUAGGAGGCAUGUCAGAGGGCUUCCAUGUUGUGUUGUUGUCUGCUGUGUAAGAUAGGCUGGUGGGCUCGGUGAAUCACUGGUCUGAUCUAACAGGAGUAUCCCUUAUGCUUAUGGUACAGAGCGUCCCUUACUUUUAGCUUGCAUUUGUUUCAUGCUUGGCACUGCCACAGCAUGAAACAUGCUUGACACUGUGGCCCACAGGGCACAAGAUAGAGCACUGGAAGGGAAGUCACUCACCCAGACCAGAAAACAGGGUGAGAGAGGGAAGGUGAAGUUUGUGGUUCCCCAAAAAGAAAAGGUUCCCACAAUAGAAGAUAGCUUCCUGGUACACAUGGUUUUUCUCUCUUAUUUGAAGAAUCUGCCCAGGGCCCACCUUUGCUGCCUGCUGAAUCUAGCCAUCCCUUUCCGGUUGUCUUCCUUAACAAACUCUUUCACAGCUGAGUUCCAGGGACGGUGCCAAGGAUCUUGGAGAGCCACCCCCCACACUGCCUACGAUCUUCCCUCUGUGCCUGGCCCCUAUUUCUGCUUUGGUGUUCAUCAUAGCAUAAGGUCCCAUCUUCAACCCGAUGUCUCAUUGCAAGUUGGACAACAGUUCUGUGUGGGCACAAACCUUACUGAUCUUCAGAUUGGAAAGAAGAUCACAGUUCGGGAACUAGGAGGAUGUAUGGGGCCCAUUUGGUCCAGCUACUACAGCGACUGCUGCUGUGUUUUGUACAUGAUUGAUGCUGCUAAACCUACCCAGAUUUCCUCGUCCUGCGUUCAGCUCCUGUCGCUCCUCUCUGCUGAAGAGCUAACAUCCGUCCCUGUCCUCAUCAUUUUCAACAAAAUAGACCUACCCUGCUACAUGUCCCUGGUGGAGAUGAAGUCAUUGUUCCGAAUCCAGGACCUUGUUUCCUGUGCCAAGCAGCCCAUCACCAUUGUGGAGACGAGUGCACAUGACGGCACUGGCUUACCUAAAGUCAUGCAGUGGCUUCGUUCCGUCCUGCAUGAUUUCAGAUGACCCCCUUGCCUCUGGUGCCUUUUGUAGGCUGUAAACAGAGGAAAGACACCUGGACCACAGCAUUGUAUCUGGGGGGAAAUAUUGCUAUUGUCUUGGCCACUGAUGUGGUUUGAACUUGAAAGUAAACGCUUUGAUCUCUCAGUAUCUUGUGUUAAACUACUACUAGAAUUCAAGCAGAGAAAGUUUCUGUGAGUGGAAGGUAAAAUUUAUGGAGUUACAUCUAUCUUUUACUAUGGUCUUCGCUUCUCAGAAGUCAAGCGACCCUAUACUCUAUACCAAUCUGAAGUUCUGUAGUUUAUAAUUGCUCUGCACAAUUCUUUACUCAUGUAAUAUACGCACAGUUUCUGA